CGCGGCGUGUGUCAGAGGAGAGACGGCCCGCGCGCAGCAACGCACACUCACUGUACUCAGAUGACAGCACAGUGAUAACGAGGCAAGGCGACGCAAAGUGAUCUGCGGGACUGCCACGCAUCUGUAAAGUGUUCUGCAGCGGCUCAACUUUUAUUUCUUCGCUCCAAAGAGGAUUUAUCUUGUUUUUGUUUUUUUUUUAACUUUUCGCCUGUUUUGAUCAAAAAUGCCCGCUGACACUAUGGAAAAGCAGACGGCAUCACCAAUCGCCGGUGCGCCUGCAAAUGGAUCACAUACACCGGACAAACCGAAAAAUGCCAGCGAGCAUAGAAAGUCAUCCAAGCCGAUCAUGGAAAAACGCAGAAGAGCAAGAAUUAACGAAAGCCUCAGUCAGCUCAAGACUCUGAUCUUGGACGCACUCAAAAAAGAUAGCUCCAGACACUCCAAGUUGGAGAAAGCAGACAUCCUGGAGAUGACCGUGAAGCACUUGAGGAACCUGCAGCGUGUCCAGAUGAGCGCAGCGCUCUCUGCAGACGCCACCGUCCUGAGCAAAUACAGAGCUGGAUUCAGUGAGUGCAUGAACGAGGUGACCCGCUUCCUGUCCACCUCAGAAGGGGUGAACACGGAGGUGAGAUCCAGGCUCCUCAACCACCUGUCCAGCUGCAUGAGCCAGAUGAUGUCCAUGAACUACCCGCAGCAGACCGCAUCCCAGCAGGCGCAUCUCGCUCAGCCCCUCCACGUGCAGCUGCCAUCCACCCUGCCCAUCAACGGCCCCGCUAUGGGCUCCAAACUCAGCCCAGCAGAGGCCGUGUCCCCUAAGGUCUUCGGUGGCUUCCAGCUGGUGCCUGCAACAGAUGGACAGUUCGCUUUCCUCAUCCCAAACCCGGCCUUUGCCUCCGCCACAGCACCUGUUAUCCCCCUUUACGCAAAUGCAGGAGUGCCUGUUGCUGUGAACGCCAGUCCGGUGCAUGGCAGCUCCGCACCCACUGCAGCGUCUCCAGUCCACGGCAUGACGUCCUUCUCGGGGGGAUCCCAGGCGGUCAGCCCGGUGGGGGUCAGCAGCGGAUCAGAGAGCAACGAGCCUGUGUGGAGGCCCUGGUAGCCUCAGAUAAGAGACUUUGGUGAAUCCAGUUUGCAUUACUUCUUCACUUUAGACUUUUAAGUGACUGCAAAGACAACUGUUAAAGGGGUAAACCUGGAACUCUCCCGCUUCGGGACGGUAUCUCCAACCACUUAAAGCCCCCCAUAGUUCUUGUUGUUUCGUUUUAUGGAACAGGAGUUGCCCUCAAUGGCACAUUUGUUUAUUAUUUAUCACCAGAGUCCAACAUUUGGAUGUAGGUGAUAAAUGCUGUACAUGCAGAUGAAAGAUUUAUAGGAGAUUUUUGUAUGAAGUACUUUUUAUGAAAAGGUUUAGUUUUGUACAGAGUUGUUAAUGAUUGUUAUACCAAAGCUGUGUUUUAUAUCCUUUGUUGUUUUGUGUUGAGAAGAAAAACUGAAGUUGGGUAAAAGCCCUUUGUCCUAAUAAAAAUGAUUUCAAAAAUGA